GCGUCCCCUUUUGCGCAGGCGUGGAAGGACGGAAGAGAGUGGCUGGGGAGGGGGGGGGACAAAAGAUUGGUGCGGCUACGAGAGAGGAAAACAGGCAGAUCUGGGGAAUUGAUGCAACCCAUCUCAUCUUGGCUCCACCACUAUGGCUACUGCCCCUCAACUCAACUCGGAUGCCCUCCGCGAAGUUUUGGAGUGCCCCAUUUGCAUGGAGUGCUUCACGGAAGACCACCUGCGGCCCAAGUUGCUUCACUGCGGGCACACAAUCUGCAAACAGUGCUCGGAGAAGCUCCUGGCCAGCAGCAUCAACGGGAUCCGUUGCCCCUUUUGCAGCAAAAUCACCCGGAUCACCAGCCUGGCUCAGCUGACCGACAACCUGACCGUCUUGAAGAUCAUCGACACGGCAGGGCUGACCGAGACGGUGGGCGUUCUCAUGUGCAAAGCCUGCACACGGCGGCUGCCCAAGCAUUUUUGUCGGAGCUGUGGCCUGGUGCUGUGUGAGCCUUGCAAAGAGUUGGACCAUCUCCAGAAGCAUCACAACGUGGUGGCCAUCAAAGAAGCGGCCGACGAGAAGAGGAGGGACUUUGGGGCCAGGCUGAGUCGCCUCCGAGAACUUAUGGGGGACCUUCAGAAGAGAAAGGUGUCUCUGGAAGGGGUUUCGAAGGACCUGCAAGGCAGGUACAAAGCGGUGCUUCAAGAGUACGGCAAAGAAGAGCGCAAGGUCCAAGAAGAGUUGGCCAGGUCGCGGAAGUUCUUCACUAACUCCCUCUCUGAGGUGGAGAAGGUGAACAGCCAGACCAUGGAGGAACAGGCUUACCUCCUCAACAUUGCCGAGGUCCAGAUUGUCUCGCGCUGUGAUUACUUCCUGGCCAAAAUAAAACAGGGAGACAUCGCCCUUCUAGAGGAAGAGGAAGAGGAAGAAGAACCAGAACUGAUGAACAGCCUUCCCAAGGAGCUGACGCUACAGGAGGUGGAGCUCCUCAAGGUUGGUCAUAUCGGACCCCUCCAGAUAGGACAAGUGGUCAAAAAACCGCGGAGCAUCAACGUCGAGGAGUCCUUGAUGGAGACAACAGCAGAAGCAUCAGGGUCUUUCAGAGAAGCGGAAGAGGUCCAUCCAUUGUCCCCUUGCUCUUCACCUGCAAAGCCAAGGAUGUCUGAGGCGGCCUCCAGCAUCCAACAGUGCCACUUUCUCAAGAAAAUGGGCUCCAAGGGCAACACGCCCGGCACCUUCAACCUGCCAGUCAGCCUGCAUGUCACACCGCAGGGAGAGGUCCUCGUGGCCGACCGGGGCAACUUCCGGAUCCAAGUCUUUACUCGCAAGGGUUUUUUGAAGGAGAUUCGGCGUAGCCCCAGUGGCAUAGACAGUUUUGUGCUCAGCUUCCUCGGAGCCGAUCUUCCCAACCUGACACCCUUGUCGGUCACCAUGAACUGCCACGGGCUGAUCGGGGUGACCGACAGCUACGACAACUCGAUGAAAGUGUACACCAUGGACGGACACUGCGUGGUGUGCCACCGAAGCCAGCUGAGCAAGCCGUGGGGCAUCACUGCCCUGCCCUCCGGGCAGUUUGUGGUGACCGACGUGGAAGGAGGCAAGUUGUGGUGCUUCACGGUGGACCGGGGUGUCGGGGUAGUGAAGUACAGCUGCCUCUGCAGCGCGGUGCGCCCUAAAUUUGUCACCUGUGACGCCGAAGGGACCAUCUACUUCACCCAGGGGCUGGGCCUGAAUCUGGAGAACCGCCAACACGAGCAUCACCUGGAAGGCGGCUUUUCCAUCGGCUCCGUCGGUCCAGACGGACAGCUGGGCCGACAAAUCAGUCACUUUUUCUCCGAGAAUGAAGACUUCCGCUGCAUCGCCGGCAUGUGCGUGGAUUCCCGCGGGGAUCUGAUUGUGGCUGACAGCAGCCGGAAAGAAAUCUUACAUUUCCCCAAAGGUGGGGGCUACAAUAUCCUCAUCCGGGAAGGUCUCACCUGCCCAGUUGGCAUAGCCAUCACCCCGAAAGGCCAAUUGUUGGUCCUGGACUGUUGGGACCAUUGCAUUAAGAUUUAUAGUUACCACUUGCGAAGGUACUCCACACCUUAAGAUGGAAAAAUGACAACACACCCGCCUCUCUUUGUCCUUCACCCCCUUCUCCUGUAUCAAUUCUUCCAAGGUCUGCUGACCGACAGCGGUGCCUACGAUCUGUGCCAUAAAUGUUGAACGGGGAUGAUUUUUAGCGUGUGUGUGUGUUUUAGAACAAAGACUGCAUGUUUCUGUUUGCAAGGUAGAGUGUUUUUUUUUUCUUUUUAAAACACACACACACACACUCCAGAAUUAAUGACGUCUUGCUAAGGGAAGCCGGUUGGCAAGGAAGACAAGUAUUUGUCCAAACACAGCUUUUUAACUUAAGGCAAUCGGUGCGGCGAAAUCAACCGGCUGACGAAAAACAGAUCCCUUUUUUGACUUAGAAAUUGAGCCAGCUGCACACUCAGCUUAAGAAGACCCUGGACGGAUUCAGAGGGUUAGUCUCCAUCUUUUCCAGGCCAGACUCUCGCUAGCUAGUCAUUUUUUUUGUGUGUGUGUGAACUGUUUCCCUCCCUCCCCAAUUCUGCUACUAGAAAUUGAUCAACCUUGCUCCUCGUGUUCCCAGUCCUCGUUUCGGCUCUUCUCUAUUCAUGUGUGCACGUGCUAAAUGACUGGGUUGUUUUUCUUUUUAAUCCCACUAACCCUGGCUAGUUCUUUCUCCCCCUCCCCCCACUCUUGGCACCUUUGACAAAACGGACAAUCCUAUAAAGCCAACUCACAAUCUGCACAAUUUCGAAUUAACCCUCCCUUUAAAAGACACGUCUAGCUGUUGUUUUUAAGGCCCAAAAAGCUCUGACGCCUUCCGGUUUUAUGUCUGUUGUCUGGGGCCUCUGUCCGAUGUGAAGUAGGGUCUUGUUUGGUUGGAAAACAAAAGAAAACUGGAAACAAAAGAAUCUGUAACAACGAA